AUGAACAAUCUGGCGUCGACCUUUGGGAAUCAAGGGCGAUGGAGGGAGGCGGAAGAGCUGUUUAUGCAAGUGAUGGAGAUCAGUGUGAGGGUGCUGGGGAAGGAGCAUCCCGACACGCUGACCUGCAUGAAUAAUCUGGCGCAUACCCUGAAGCAUACGCGGUCGCUUGGUGAAGCGAUGGAGUUGCUCAACAGUUGCCUCAAAUUGUGCAUCAAGAUCCUGGGUGCUACUCAUCCUAAUACUCGCGCAGUGGUUGGUACUUUCGUUUUAUGGCAACAAGAGGUUGAAGCCAGUGAUAUUGAAAGUGCUGCGGCGGCGAUGGCAGCAUGUGCGGAUUGA